AUGCCUGAACUUCCUGAAGUGGAAUAUGCUCGUAAAUUACUUGCUCGAUUUUUAAUUCGAACACAUAUUACUAAAGUUUCGUAUCCAGAUGCUGAUGGUUUAUCGAAACGUUUUAUGAAUUGUACACCGAAUGCAUUUGCUGAUGGAAUAAUUAAUCGAAAAAUACUUGAUAUUAAACGACAUGGAAAAUAUUUAUGGUUUGAAAUGGCUGAUAAACAAUCUUUAACACCAAUAUUUCAUUUUGGUAUGUCAGGAGGUUUUCGAAUAAAAUCAGCACCAGAUGUCACGUAUUUAAAAGAACUUCAACAUGUUAAAAUGAAAGCUAAAAAUGAAAUCGAUGGACAAUGUGAAUCUUUUGUUUAUGAUAACGAAUUAGAUGCUGAUUUAGUAUGGCCACCUCGUUUUACACGUAUUCGUUUUUUAACAUCAACAGGUCAUGAUGUAUGUUACACAGAUCUUCGUAAAUUUGGACGUUUUCAUCUUGUUGAAUCGAAUUCACCUCGUACAUGUCUUCCAUUAUCGAAAUUAGGAUUUGAUCCUUAUCUUGAAAUGCCUAAAUUUAGUGAUUUUAAAGAUUUAAUUGGUUCGUAUCGACCAUCAUCUAUUGAACUUAAAGCACUUUUACUUGAUCAAACAUUUUGUGCUGGUAUUGGUAAUUGGAUUGCUGAUGAAAUACUUUAUCAAUCACAUUUUCAUCCACGUAAACGAUUAAAUACAUUAAAUGAUGAACAAUUAAAAUUAUUACAUAAAAAUAUUGAUUAUGUGAUAAGAACAGCUGUUGAUGCUGGUGGAAGUCAUAAAUUUCCGCCUGAAUGGCUUUUCCAUUUUCGAUGGACAAAUAAACGAGAAACACAAGAUUUUAAUAAAUCAAAAAUUCAAUUUGAUACUGUUGGUGGACGAACAUCAGCUUAUGUACCAUUAAGACAAAUGUUAUCAGAUGAUGAACAACAAAAAGUUAAUGUAAGACUUGCUGCGCGUGAUGCAAAACGAAUAAUUAAAAAGAAAAUGAAUAAAUCUACUGCAGAUGAACACGAAUCGAAUGAUGAUCAAGAGAAUGAAAAGUCAAUUGUUUCUGUCAGUGCUAAAGUAUCGACAAAAAAACGAAGUAAACAAAAAAUGAUUGAAACUGAUUCAGAAGAAGAGGACAUACCACUAUCACCACCACUCAAGAAAAAAUCAUCUGCUUCUCCAACUAGUGUAUCGAAUCGACCACAACGAACAUCUCAUCCCAUCCUGUCUCUUAAACAAACUAAAAAUAUGGUGCAAACAAGUCCCACCCCAUUUGAUGUGGGUCGUGCAUUCGUCCAUCAGUAUUAUACACUAUUACAUCAAGCACCUCAUAUGCUUCAUCGAUUUUAUUCUACGGAUAGUACAUAUAUACAUGGUGGUGUUGAUCGACCAGGUUGUGUUGAACAACCAGCAGUUGGACCGGACAAUAUUUCUCAACGUAUCAAUGAUCUUAAUUUACGAGAUUGUCAUGCUAAAAUUCGUCAGGUCGAUUCACAUCCAACUAUUGGUGAUGGAGUUGUCGUUCAGGUUACCGGUGAAUUAUCAAAUAAUGGUGAUCCAAUGCGUCGUUUCAUGCAGACAUUUGUCUUAGCUCCACGACAACCAAAAAAAUACUACGUACAAAAUGAUAUUUUUCGUUAUCAAGAUGAAGUAUUUGAUGAAGGAUCUGAUGAAGUUGAUGAGGAUGAUCGAUCAGGUUCACAUAUCUAUGGUGACACCAUAUCAAAUGCAGACAAGGUUUCAAAUGCUGAUUCAUCAGCAGCAAUAGCAGCAACUUCACAACAACCAUUGCUUGUGACAGCUAAUGCUCGACCACCAAUGGAUGAACAACAACAACAACAGCCAUUACCACCUCGUAAUACUAGUUCAUCACUUGCAGGUAACCAACAGCAGAUUAUUCCAAAUCAGGCUGUUCGCCAACAAGAACAUCAACAUAUUGCUUCGACUAAUUUAAAUGGUUAUUCAAAUGCUAAUGUUGGUGAAUCCACAAACUAUGGUGGACAUGCACAUCUUCAACCACAACAACAACAAGAAACAGCUCAAUCACAUUCACAACCUAGUCCACGAACAUUGAAUCAUCAAGCUCCUCAAGAAAAUCAACAAACAUCAAAUAGUAAUAUUGCAUCAAAUCAACAACAGGUUAAACAAACUGCACCAACUCAACAACAACAACCAACAUCAACAACAGAAGGACAAAGACCAGAAGGAAAAUCAUAUGCUGGUAUUGCUAAAUUACAUUCAUCCACUGGUUCAACAUCGAAUGUUAAUUCAACUUCAACAUCUGUUCCACGUGCUGGCUCAACUUCAACUGGUGUUCCAUUAUCAAAUUCUCAACAACUAAAUGCUGUUCGUCCACCAUUAAAAGCACCAGCAACAACAGCUAAUCGACCAACAAAUAAUACUCAAUCUGGUCCACGACAAUUUCCACAGCAACAACAACAACAACAACAACAACAACAACAGCAGCAACAACGAGGUAACGGUAAUUAUUAUCAACAAAAUAAUCGUGGUACAAAUGUUGCAACAGCACCAAAUGAACAACAAGUAUUUGUUGGUUCAUUACCAUUGGAUUUCACUGAAGAAACAUUAACUGAAUGUUUUUCAAAAUUCGGUACUGUUAUUGAUGCAAAAAUUCAUACACCAAUUCAUGAUAAUAAGAAGAAUUUUGGUUUUGUUGUUUUUGAUAACUCAGAGGUUGCAACAGAUCUUGUUAAAAAAGAAUUUGUUAUGUAUAACGAGACAGUUCGUUUAAAUAUUGAACCAAAAAGUCAACGAAAUUAUCCAUUAAAUAAUAAUACUGGUGGCAAUUUUAAUAAUACAUCACAAGGUGGUAAUCGUAAUAGUAAUUAUCAGGGAAGAGGCGGUGGUCGUGGUGGAAAUCGAACCUCAUAUCGUGGCGGUGGUAAUAAUCAACGACGUGGUGGUAGUCAAUUUAAUAAUAACUCACCAUCAUUUAGUGGAGGUGAUGAAAAUAACAACGAAUAUCGAAGUAGCAAAUCGCAACAACAAAUAUAA